UCUGGAGAAAAGCACACCUCACUGUGCACACAGACAGUAAUUCACACCUUGCUGCCACCCUUAGCUCGGAACCCGGUACAGAGUUCUCCAUCGCCAACAGCACCAGAGGGACCCGCUUCAUAUUUGGACCUGGUGCUGCAGCAGUGACGGCCCUCCGACUGGCUCAGAUCCAGAGUCAGACCCAGAUUGCUCUGCGGCAGCUCGCUACGUUAGCGACCAUCAUUGUUGGCAAGCAGUGUCACAGCGGCGGGUUUUUGGCGGCGUUACCUCCUCACCUGGCCCUCCUAAGUGUUCUUAACGGACAGCAGGUUUCGGCUGUGGGGUUUAACGUGAACACGAACAGUAAAGCUAACAGAACCACUCGGCCGUGUCUAUCUGCUGCCAUGUAUCACCAACACUCCCAGCAGCAGGGAUCACAGCCUUUCUCUAAUGGACCUAGGCCUCCUCAUCAGCCUCCUCCGAACCAGCAUCAGAGUCACACCAACAUGCCGGUGAUGAAUUUCUCUUUUCCUCGUCCCACCCAACUUCCUGAUGAGCUAGAAUCUGCCCUGGCUAUUCGAGGGGCCAGGGACAUGGACCACCGCCAAAUUGACCACCUGAAUCGACCCAGCCUACACCAGAACCCGGGUUCAGGUUCUGGGAUCAGUCAGCAUGGAAGCUAUGGCUCUAACCCAGUAUCGCUUCCUGCUGAUAAUCAGCCUGGUCACCAGCAGGGAGUAGACUGGUCCAGCUAUCAACCUCCAAAUAAGCUGUUUGCCAGUCCUGCACCUAAUGCUAGCCACCAGGGGCCACAACAGCCCCAGAGCAGCCAAGGAGGAACACGAGUUCCAAACUGGACUCCCCCUGUAAGUGACUCCCUGUCUCCCCAAGCCCGGCAUCCCCAUGGUGGCCCUGGAGAUGGUCAGGGUUUGUACACACCAGAGAGUGCAGGAAGCAUCUUGGCUAGCUUUGGACUUUCAAAUGAGGACUUGGAAGUGCUGAGUCACUACCCUGAUGAUCAGCUAACCCCAGAUACGUUACCCUUCAUACUCCGUGACAUCCAGAUCAACAAGUCAGGCGCCCAGAAAACGGCGGCUUCUGUCUCCUCAUCCUCGUUUUCACGUAGCAUUCAUGAUAUGCCGCUGCCUACUUCCCACUCAUCUCCUCUGGCACCAUCCACGUCCACAGAGGUGCCCAGCCUUCUAACUGUUACACAGACUGCAGGUAAAGUCAUUGAUUAUGGUCAUGCCAGUCGGGCAAAGGAAGAGAACAGUACCAGAGAGACUUUCAAAAGAGAGCCGCUCUCCAGUGAAAGGACAGUUAAAAUGUACGCCGUGUCAUCAUCCUCCUCAUCGGCUCCAAAACCGGAUAAAAAUGAAAGGCGACAAGUUCAUCUGGAACAUACUGAAUCAAGCAAGCAUGGAGACAGGGACUAUCGCAGGACAAGUGGUGACCAACGCAAGAACAGUCGGUCACCAGGGAGAGAAUUCCCAUCAUCGCCAUCAUCCCGUAAUCUAGACAGAGACUACAGGCGAGACAGAUCCAAACUAAGGCCCUCGUCUGAAACCAGGAGCGAGGCUUCCUCAAGACGAUCUGUCUCAUCUUCAUCUGGAUCAAAACCUCGCAGCAGCAACAAGAAGUUACCUACCCCCACCAUGAUAAGUGAUUUCUCAGCUGUGUCUCCAAAGGUGUAUCCUCAUACCUGCUCCCUGUGCCACACACAGUGUGAUCAGGAAAAGGACUGGGUUGACCAUAUUAACACCGUCAACCACACUGCUGCCUGCAGAGACCUGCGCAACAAGUACCCUAACUGGAAACCAAAUCUACCAAGCUGGAGUGGACAGUAUGGCAGCCAGGCUCAGUGGAACCUCAAGGAUCGAUCUUCACUGCAUUCCAUGUCUCGAUCCGUCUCUCGCUCUCCUUCUCCAAGUCCUCCAGGAGGCAAACACAGGGUGGACCCCCACCUCCACAGGCCCCAUGGGAGGCCUUACUCCCCCCACAGCCACCCACGACACCAUCAUUACAAAGAUCGCAGGAGUCGGUUUGAGCACCGACCCUCUGGCUCCCACAGUCCCACUUAUUCAAGCCGAGCCUCCCCAUCCUCCAGAGAGCACUGGCCUGACAGGAAGGACUCAUCAGGAGGUUUCCAUCGCAGUGGAGUGAAGCGUCCACAUGAGGGUUUAUCCAGCCGGCAGUUCUCAUCCGUCCCAGGUCACAGCUUCAAACAUGGACCGCCACAUCUCUCCAACAAAAGCUUCAAGGCUGUGAUGAAGCCUGGAGCCAAGACAGCUAAGAUGUCUGCCAAACCUCCACCAGCUAAGAAGAAGAAGAAAGCAGCGACGCCGGCCUCCCAGGGCUCCUCUGUUGCAGACCGGCUGGUUUUUCUGACCGGCAUCCCGAAGGACGCCUCGGAGCAGGAAGUUACUGACUUGGUUGGAUCCUUUGGCAAGAUCAACAACGUGAUCCUCCUGCUGUGCUCGGAGGAGGAGACUGAGAAGGGCCGAGGACAGAAGGCGUCUGUCUGCAUGGUGAAGGCUGAAGACGCCCAGGCUCUGGCUACCUCCACAAACCUCUGCAUCAGGAAUCAGCAGGUCACAGCUUCAGUAGCUAAGAAAUGUGAAGCAGGCCAGUCUGCUGAAGCCAACAACGGCAGAGCUGCUCCAGGAGAGGAAGAGGGUUCAGCUGGGAACACCUCUGUUGUGUCCACCUGCUUCCCCCAACCCCUCGCUGGAGGAGAAACUGACCAGAAGACUUCUGAGGAGAAGGGCCUGGUCCUGAUCACUGGAUUCCCUGAGACUGGUUGGUCCAGCAGUGAUGUCAUCAAACUGGUCCAGCCGUUUGGGACUCCCUCUGACAUCAUCAUGGCAUCACAGAUAGGAAAGGCUCUGGUGUCGGUAGAAAACAUGGAGGUUGCUCAAGAGUUGGUAAAAGUCCACAGCUUUAUGCCAGCGAAGAUUGAAGACUCUGAGCUGAAAAUGAUCCUCUUGAAACAGCGGAUCAGCCUCAGCACUCCGGUGGCGCUCUAUAACCUUCUGAUGGGAUCAGUGGAUCCAUUGGAGAGUCCGUCUCCAGUCAGCUGGAGCUGCCUGUUGGUGAUCAGUAACGUUCCCAACACACCGCCGGGCUCCUCGGAGGUCCAGAAACUGGUGCAGCGCUUCGGUACCGUCAUCAAGACCCUGGUGCUGAACAACAUGGUCAUCUGUGAGAUGGCGACUGCAGCCAUGGCGCUGUCGGUCUACAAACGCUUCCAGAUGUUUCCCUGCAUCCUUCAGAGCAACCCUCUGUUCUUCUCCCGCAAGCCUGACCCCAGAGCCAAUAUCCAGACUAAAAUCAUCGCUGCGUUUUCGGAAAUAUCUGAGGACACACCUGCACAUGACAAAGGCAGUGAAGCAGCUCCAGAUGUGGAGGAGACGCCACCUAAAGACAGUUCUGAAUCCCCAAUGGAGGAGGUGGAGAAUGAAUGUGACAGAAAGGAUGAAAACAUGAACACCCCAAAGACAGCUGAAGAUGGGAGUGAAGACAACACUGAGGAAAAGACUGAACUCACAGUUCCUGAGUCUUCUGCAGCUCCACAGACCCAACCAGAACCACAAGCAGAACCACAAGCAGAACCACAAGCAGACUUUCUGGUAGACACUGGGGAAACAUCAGCUGUUGACAGCAUCUCAGGAACAGUAGAAGAGAAGAGCUCUGCAUUCAAAGAGGGGAACGAUGAGACUCCUGCUGGAGACACAACUUUAGUCGAGACAAAGCCAUCGAGCUUUGACAGCAGAGCAGCUUCCCAGGAGAUGGGCAUGCCAGAGCUCCCUAAGAUGACUCAAGCCAUGGUUAAUGCAUUGCUGGUGGAGUGCAGAACAAGAACUGCCAGUCAUCCCAACAACACAACAGCUCCACCCAGUGGAGAGAAGGAUUCAACACCGAUGGAAACUAACCAGGAACAGAAAACAGCUCAGGAGACCAAAGAGCCCACCAAGGACCACCCAGAGGAGGAAGAGGAGGUGGUGAAGAAACAGGAGAGGGACAGGAAGGAGAGGGAGGCUAAGAAGGAGAAAGAAGCCAGAGAGAGGGAGAGGAGGGAGAGGGACAGGAGGGCCAGGGAGAAGGAGGAGAGGACCAGAGAAAGGGAGUGGAGUGAAAGAACCCGAAGAGAGAGGGAGAGGAGGGAGUGGGAGAGGAAGGAGAGGGAGAGGAGGGACAGGAAGAGAGCCUACGGUGAAAGAUCUUCCUUCAGGUCAGAAGGAUACAAACAGAACCCGUGGAGAGGAGAACGCUACGAGGAGACCAACGCCAAGAUGGAGGAGGAGGAGGAGGAGUUGGAUGAGUUCCCCUUCAACAUGAGCGACUUUGUGACGGUAGAUGAAGUCGGAGAUGUCACUGAACUUCCUCACUCUCCUUCUGCCGACCCCAUGGAGGACACCUCCACAUCUGUCCAGCAGGAAACACCCCUGGAGUCCACGGUGACCCUGGAGAAGUCUGAGGAGAACAUGUCAGAGUCAGAACACGUGAACACGCCUACGGAGACCUCAGACAGUUUGGUUUUACCACAUAAACCAGCCGGUCUGGUCCUGGAUGACGUGGCGUCUCCUCCACUGGAUUCACAAGCUGACCCUGGUCUCCAUCAAACAUCUGCACCAACGUCUGCACCACCAUGUCAACCAGCAGAACCUGAAGCUGACGUCACACCUGAACCAGACAACCCACUGACUGCUGCUCCAACCUCCACCCCAGAAGAUGAACCGGUCUCCGUGCCUGAUCCUGUAGCUCCAGCUGACUCCUCCUCCAGUCCGGUUCCGGCUGUAGAGCCUGCAGAGCAUCCAGGAGAUGAGAAGGAAGACAGUUCUCUAAAUCACAGGCAGGCUGAGGAGGAGGAGGAGGUGUUGAACAAACAGGAGAAGGAGAACACUGGAAGAGUAACAGUUGAUGCAGGAAAGCCUGAGGGAUCUGAAGACUGCACCAGCUCCACAGAGGAGAAGACGGAGUUAAAGAUGGAAACGACGCCAGAGCGCUCCCUGCCUCCUUAUGACCCCUCUAACCCCGUUGGAAUGGAGUUCUUGGUCCCUAAGACAGGGUUCUUCUGUAAGGUGUGCAGUCGGUUCUUCAGUGGAACCAGGGAGGCAGAAAUGAAUCACUGCAGAUCCCUCAAACACUACAAGAGCCUUCAGGCGUACUUACAGACCACGGAGGCUGGAAGUCGGACUGCAGAAUGCAGCUGAGAAACCCCAACUUUGACCUUCCUGAUGUCUAGUGUCCUCAUUUCUCACUAAGGGUCCAGAUUCUCAUGUUGGUGUGAAUUAGCUUCAUGUCCCGUCUUGGUUUAAAUAUGUGCUGUUGAUUUAUUUUUUUAUGUAGCGUCCAGAGGAAUAAAACUCGUUUCCAGUGGAUGAUGGUUGUCAGCAAGUUCUGAGACAAUAAAUAAAAUGGAUUCACUGAAAGAUC